AACCUCAGAAACAGCUGCUUUUGCCUGUAUCGCAGUUCUCUCUGCCCUUGUCAUUAUCGUCGUGUUAGGAAACGUUUUGGUGUGCACAAUAAUUAUGAAACAUCGGGAUAUGAGAAAUCCUAUAAACUUUCUACUCGUAAACCUGGCUAUCUCAGACAUCGUUAUUGCAAUCUUCAUCAUACCCGACUUCAUCCUGAGCCGCACAUUUACCCAUCCUGACGGAGCUACCGGUUCAGUUCUUUGCCGCCUACUAACUGGCGGAAACUUCUCAUGGGUUGGAGCUGCUUCAUCGGUCUUUACCUUGAUGGUGAUAUCCGUUGAACGCUAUCAUGCAGUAUUGCAUCCUUUUGGCAACAGAUGGAAACUUAGUUAUCACAAACUGAAGGUAAUUAUUCCAAGCUGUUGGAUCUUUGCAGUGAUAAUGAUUCUACCAACGUUUCUUAGUGUUGACUUAAAUAAGACUGCGCGCGACUGCGAAGAAUACUGGCCUUCAAAGUGGAUGGGUAUAGCAUAUAGCAUAACUUUGUUCUUAAUCUUGGCCGCACUUCCUUUGGCAUUGAUGACCGGUUUAUAUUCAAGAGUGGUGCACGCUUUGUGGUUAAAAAGAAAUGACCACACUCAGCUCUCUCUUCAACAACAGGGUGUCAUGAAAGUACGAAGGCGGGUCACUUUGACGGUGACAAUUGUCAGUGCCAGUUUUGGAAUCUGUUGGAUCACGGACUCGACCAUUUUUUUCCUGCAUCAUGUCAGUUCACCUUACAGUGACGUCACUUUUGCUAUCGGCGCGAUAAUGAUCCUGUUCAAUUCUGCUCUCAACCCGUUUGUGUACGCUCUGACCAACCGAAGAUUCAACCAGAAGAUUAAGGCCAUGUUGCGCCAUAGUGUUUUCCAAGGGAACAAAGUUCAUCCAAGUGAGGAACAUAUCAGCUGCAAAGAAUUAACAGAUGGAAACAAUACGCCGCGUUCAUUGAGAUUUCCAGCUUUGUGCGAUUAACUUCUUGAACGCAAUUGUAGGUCGCUAAAUCAACCAGCGCUACGUAAAGCUUAAUUCAUCCGAGUAACCUUUGGAGAUACUAAGUCUUGCUUUCAUGCAAAAGUGAUCGAGCCUAUCCCACAAUGGUGAUUUCAAAAAUAAAAAAAAAAA